AAAUUACUCUUGUAUGUUCCAUUAAUAGCAGAAGCUCUUUCUUUAUCAUCAUUGAUUCAUUAUCAACAACAAAAGCAAUGGCAAUUCUGAACCACUGUCUCUCAGUGACCUCCACAGCAACACCCAUCUCCCCAGACUCAGCAACUCCACCUGUACCAGACCCAAGACAGACCAAGAUCCUAUUGCCCAAGAAGAAGCCCAUGAAAUGGUCCACUGGGGUAGCUCCAGGGGAGUAUGGUGGCCCACCAACCACAACCAAGCUCCGAAAGUACUGGGGAGGCGAAGAUGACCCUCUUACCUCUGAUGAUUUCAUUUGGAACAGAGAAUUCAUGGACCGCAUGAAAAAACUCAUUCAGGACCCUGACUCUUCCACCCAAGCCACUCCUGUUAAGGAAAAGCCUUCUGGGUUUCUUAGCUUGAAUAGAGUCAUGACUCUUGACAGUUUAGAAGCUGAUUUCAGCAAAGAACUCACUGCUGCUCCUGCCCAGCCCAAGAUAGAACCUGUGGAGGCUCCAGCACAAAGUGCCAGCAGCACUAGAAUCAAAUGGAAAUUAGCACCAACACGGCGUGAGCAAGAUAAGUGGGAUAGAGCAACUAAGGCCGCAACUGGAGGCAGUGAAGUGAUGUUUCGGGAAUUAAGGCGCUCUCGGGAGGACCCAAAAGUAUUGGCUGAACAGUAUAGGAAACAGUAUUUUAAGUUAAAGAAGAGGUUGCAAUUCCUUACACUAGGUUUAGGUGGUGUUGGGUUAGUCUCAGCUUAUGUUUCAUAUUCCCCUGAAAUUGCAGCUAGCUAUGGUGUUGGGUUGCUUGGUUCUGUGGCUUACAUGCGUAUGCUGGGGACUAGCGUGGAUUCCAUGGCAGAUGGAGCAAGGGGACUUCUCAAGGGAGCGAUUGGGCAACCAAGGCUGUUGGUUCCUGUUGUACUAGUCAUGAUCUUUAACAGGUGGAAUGGGCUUGUCGUUCCACAAUAUGGAUUUAUGCACCUGGAAUUGAUACCAAUGUUACUGGGAUUCUUCACAUACAAGAUUGCUACUUUUAUCCAAGCUAUAGAGGAAGCACUUCCUGUAGCUGAGAAAUCAGAUACAAGUUCAAGCUAAACCUUCCCAUCUUCAUAGAUCAGCAGAAUAUCCCAUUGAUAGUUCUGAUGCAGCUUUCAGAGAUAAGCUGCUCGGAAGUGAAGAUAUGUGCAGUGAAUUGAACAGAACUGCAUACUAGUUAUUGCUGUUAGUUGUCUUUUGUUCUGUAUGAAUGUUGUAAAACAAGGGAAAAGAAUAUAUUUGUCUAUAAUUUGCCUCAUACCAUUUGUAAUAUUUUCAGAUAACUACAUUUUUUUUUCCUUUUUUUAAUUUACUGGAGGGGAAAGGCAAGCGUUGAACUCUUGUCAGCAAGCAAUACAUGU